GAUAGAUAUUAUAACAUCUAUACCUCCAUCACCAUAGUUCACAUUCAUCUCUCUCUCUCUCUCAAACACUCCAAAGUAUACAAAGAAAAUUCAAAAGUUCCAAACCAAAAAAGAAGAAAGAAAAUGAAGAUUUGCCAUAGACACUUGCUUUUUGCCACUACGUUACUAUCUCUAGCGUUAUUCACCGUCGUCUAUAUGAUGCUUCCUUCGAAUUUGACGAAAUUCAUUAUCGACACAAAGCCUUCAUAUUCCGUUUCACUUCAUCACUUACGAACAAAGGUUUCCGGCGAGAACGAUCACCUCCUUGCCGUUCGACACACCAGUCACUCAAAUGCCACCGUAACGAGGGAAGUAAGAAAGGUGAAGAGCAAAGAAGAAAAGAGAGAAGAAGGACUGGCACGAGCGAGAGGUUCAAUACGGAAGGCAGCAUUAGGAGAUGAUAGAAGCAAUCUCAGUCUGUCAAAAUCACCACACAACAACGACGGUUACAUUCCCGCUGGAGCCGUUUAUCAUAACCCGCGCUUAUUUUAUCAGAGCUACUUGGAGAUGGAGAAGAUAUUCAAAGUGUACGUAUACCCAGAUGGGGACCUACCAAUUGUUCACGAUGGCCCUUGCAAGGACAUAUACUCGAUUGAAGGGAGGUUCCUCCAUGAGAUGGAACACGGAGUUGGAAGGUUUAGAACCAAUGAUCCUAAUGCUGCUCAUGUUUACUUUUUACCAUUCAGUGUCACAUGGAUGGUCAAAUACCUCUAUACACCAUCCUCUAAUUACGACAUCACUCCUUUAAAGCAGUUUGUCUCUGAUUACGUGAGAAUGGUAUCUAUGAGGUACCCCUUCUGGAACAAAACUCGUGGUGCCGACCACUUCAUGCUUGCUUGCCAUGAUUGGGGUCCACAUGCAUCAAAGGGUAAUCCUUUCCUUUACAACACCUCCAUCCGUGUCUUGUGCAAUGCCAACACUUCUGAAGGUUUCAAUCCUCUAAAAGAUGUAACUUUACCAGAAAUUCACUUAUAUGGAGGUGAAGUAUCCCCUAAACUCCUUUCACUUCCUCCGGAAAAUGCCCCACGCCGCUACCUCGCCUUUUUCGCCGGUGGUAUGCACGGCCCAAUUCGCCCCAUUCUUCUCCACCAUUGGAAAAACAGAGACAGUGACAUUAAUGUGUACGAGUAUCUCCCUAAAGGCCUAGAUUACUAUUCCUUAAUGCUAAACUCCAAGUUCUGUCUUUGUCCAAGUGGCCAUGAAGUGGCUAGCCCAAGAAUUGUGGAGUCAAUUUAUGCAGAAUGUGUACCUGUGAUUCUAUCGAAUUAUUAUGUGUUGCCUUUCAGUGAUGUGCUGCGAUGGGAAGCAUUUUCAGUACAGGUGGAUGUUUCGAAUAUUCCUAGGUUGAAAGAGGUUCUUAAUGCUAUUCCAGAGAGCAAGUACAGGAAGCUCAAACAAGGUGUAAGGGCUGUGAGGAGACAUUUUACUCUUAAUCAGCCGGCUAAAAGAUUUGAUGUUUUUCACAUGAUCUUACACUCAAUAUGGCUGAGGAGAUUGAAUAUGAAACUCGUAUAGUUUGUACUUAAUAAGCAUAAUAGAGUAUACUACUAUAUAGUGAUUUUUUAGUUCUUUUGGCUUCAAAAAGGAACAAGUGAACUCCAAUGUUGUCCACAAUUAAUGGUAUUAAAGGAAAGUAAAACAGGUAAUUUUUAUUAAAAUUCCUUGCGUGCAGAGAAUUCCUCUUUUUCAUUAUG